AUGGACGGUGAAGAGCAGCAGAAGCGAGUAGAGCAGUUGAGUACGGCAUCUCUCGACUCACUUUACGAUCAAAACGAUGAAUCAAUCGAAACCACGAAGCGACCGAUUUGCAACCGAUGCACUUGGACACCGUUUAUGGUUCUGACUGGUUUAAUCUUACUCGCCGUUGGGUUGGUACUGGCGCUGGAUCGUAGCAAUCCUGAUCAACAAGAGGCUGUAGUCAGUUCCUUCCAUGGGGAUCCAAUUCUGACAGCAUUAAUGAGUAGUAGAGGUCUCGACGCUCCUGGAAAGAAGUUGAUGGAGUGGUUCGAAGAGGCGCGUAAUGCAAGUGAGCUCUACGUCGCAGGUGGUAGCAGUAACAUGAGCGUGAGCGGUGCCGUCUUUCCACAAAAUAGUCGUGACACAUUGUUGCCUUAUAACGCCGUAGUGGCGAUAAAUUCCAAAGGAGUCUUGUCACGCCGGCAAUUCAUAGUUCAGGCAAACGGACGAGGCUUCAAGUGGGUCGUGACCUCGUUCGGUUAUGGAGAUAUCAUUGCCACAAGCGGCUGCUUGACUUCAAGCCACAGUUUGCCAUUGAAUGAGCUUAGCUCGAUCAUGUCGACGGCAAAGUGGACAACCUCUGACAUUGAUGACCAGAAUAAGGUGAGUGUUGUCUCGGAUGAAGUAACCUAUACAGUGUCAAAAGACGAAGAUGACUAUUACUCGAGUGAGACGGUCGACGAUCAAUGUUGGACGAUUGAGAGUGAAGACGAGGAAUUUCGAUUGCACGUUUGCACCUCAGUUGUUGGUGAGGAGCUUCCACAGGAGGAGCUCGCAGAUUUGUUCGGUGCCACAACUACAUGCCCACAACUCGCACCAAUGGCAACAUAUGCGAUGCUUUCUGCUCCAUUGCCGUUGCGUAAGUGGUAUGCUAGCUACCAAGCGUAG